CACACACACUGCUUAUCAAACUCAUCAUCGAUCACCUAAAGAGUGUGUAUAUAUGUGUGUGUGUGGUGAUGAGACAGAGAGAGAGAGAGGGAGAGAGAGAGAGAGAGAGAGAGAGAGAGAGAGAGAGAGAGAGAGAGAGAGAUGAAAGAGAGUGUGUGUGUGUGGACAGAGGACGAGAAGACAAGAAGAUGGAUUGUGUUUGUUUGUGUGCUGCCUGACGACUGACCAGGUCCAGCUGGGAUGUCAGGGAUGGACGUGGUCGCCGUGGGCAACGAUGACACCUCCACAGCGGGAAACGGCACCUUCCCCCGCCUCUCGCCCACAUGGAACGUGACGUCAGCUUCCUCCUCCUCCUGGUCGCGGGGUCGGGGGGGCGGGAGUGUGCAGGUCUACGUCGGCCUCUUCCUGGGCCUCCUGCUGCUCCUGCUCAGCCUGCUCCUGGUGGCCCUCCACAGGCUGAAGAACAUCGUCUCCUCCUCCUCCUCCUCGCUGCCCGACUGCGGCGGCGAAGGACGCUUCACCAACAUGGAGGUGUGCAGCGUCUCGACUCGGACGUCCCCCGCGACCUCGCUGCGCACCUGAGG